AUGUCUGUAUCUCACUAUACGUUUUCUGGUGCAUGUAUUUACCAACCCAAUCAUGUCAUCAUCUGUGUCACAGUCUCUCUCUGCAGUAGGACAGAAUGCCGCAGAUCCAGGAUCAGUAUUCGGCCCAACGUCAGGCCGGCGGGCAGAGGCCCAGCAGCCCUAGCCUCCUCCCAAGACACUCCUCCAUCGUCCCAGGCCACCGAGGCUCCUUCCCAGGCAGGGGGCCAGGAGGUGGACACCACCACUACUGCAGUGCCAGAAACCCCCACAGAGUCCACCACACCCAGAGACAUUGUUUCUGAUCCUUUUGGUAUAGGGAUGAUAAAGACCCAAAUGCCCCUGAGGCUCCAGGGGCCCCCCAGCGAGACAGAUGCUGGACCCCCACAGGGCAUGAGAUGCCCAAGGCAGAGGCCCUCUGGAGGUAGUAGGCAGGCUAAAGUACAGCCCAAACCCAGCCCCCUGUCCCCAUCUUCCCCAGCCCCUGAGACAACAACCCCCCCACUGGGGAAGCAGGCAGUGGAUUACUCAUCCCCGUCACAACAGACCCUGCAGGCAGCAGACAAGGAGGAAACAUCCUCACAGCUCACCAAACAAGACAAAGGCAGCAUCCAAUUAGAUCUCUCGAAAAAAACACCAGCCACUAAAGCUCCAUCCACUCCAUCAGAGAAUGUCCCAUCAUCCUCCCUUUCACACGAAGAGGGCAUCUCAGUAUCUGAGAGAGCUAAGACUCUGGUAGCCAGGUCUGUGUCUGUUGGGCUCACCGGGUUGGCACCAAGAAAGUCCAGGCUUAGCAAGUUCCUGAAUGACCCAACGGACCUGCAGAGGCUGGCCAAGGCCCGGAAGCUCAGAGAACUGCUGAGACAGGAGAUGGAAAAGAAACUGAGGAAAGCCAAGGUGUGUUUGAGUGAAUAUACGCUGGAUCCCUCUAAAAUGACCAUGAGCGAUCUUCUAUACUACCUGCCUGAUACCAACCCCAUGACGUCCUAUCUGGAAGAGGAACAGAGGGAGAACCAGACUGUUCUGCCACUCACCCACCCAAGAGAAGUAGGCAGAUUACAAUGGAAGUGGAAUAGAUCACACAAUAUAAAGAGGUCCCCUGCGAGGCCCCCAAUGCCAGAGGCCCCGGCUGAGACAGCAAGCCAGAGGGAUGAAGAUGAGGAUGAUGAUGACGCUGACAAUGGGGUGAUUGUGCCGCGAGUGAGGGUGGCAGAGGACGGGUCUCUGAUCAUCGAUGAGGAGAGUUUGACGAUAGAGGUCCUGAGGCAGAAAGGGCCAAAUCCAGCUGAUGAUGGAGACCCGAUCUUUGAGCGUGGCUCCACAACCACCUACUCUAGCUUUAGGAAAGGGACAUACGUCAAACCCUGGUGCAACAAAGAGACAGACAUGUUCUUCCUGGCUAUCAAUAUGGUGGGAACAGACUUCUCUAUGAUUGGACAGCUGUUUCCUCACCGCGGUCGCAUUGAGAUCAAGAACAAGUUCAAGAAAGAGGAGAGAGCAAACAGCUGGAGGAUAGACAAGGCCUUCAAGGAGAGGCGUAGGCUGGAUCUGGAGUUCUUCACUAGCCUCUUGGAGAAGAUCUUGGGCAGUCCCCCACGGAGAAGAAAGUGAUCAAGAAAAAUAAGAGAAAACCAAAAG